CGAAAACAGAAGAAAACCAGAACAUUAACAGUAAUAGCGUCUCUCUGACAGACUCUGGUGGGUGUGGUUAUGAGCAGUCCCAUGGCUGGCUCCGCCCCCUCCAGCUCUAAAGACCGUCCAGCUUCCAGGAUCAAUUUUAUCCCAGAGCUACAGAGCAUGAUGUUUGCUCUGGGAGACGCUCGCAGGCCUUUGCAAGAGACUGCAGCGCUGGUGGAGGAUAUUGUACACACACAACUCAUUACUAUGCUGCAUCAGGCCUGUGAGGGAGCAGCUCUGCGUGGCUCGAGGGUUAUUUCACCUGAGGACAUCUUAUUCCUGAUGAGGCGAGACAAGAGGAAGUUGGCAAGAUUAUUAAAAUAUCUCCAGUUUAGAGAUUAUAAAUCCAAAAUACUCAAGACUCUUGACGAUGAAGACACACAGGCAGAAUCAGGUCCUGCUGGUGCUAACCAGCGGAGGCAGCGACUGGCCCAGGACUUCCUGGUGUGGAUGGAUCAGACCGGUGAACUCCUGUCAUUAGCAGAACGUCAGGAAAUAGACCCCAUCAAACAGGAGAGGAUGGAGCGUUUGGAGCGUCAGACUCGGAAUAUGGACCCGGCUCAGUACGCUGAGUUCUGUGAGAGUCGGCAGCUCAGCUUUGGUAAGAUUUUAAACGGCCCAUUUAUACGUACGCUUUCCCCUGUUUUAAAAUGCUUUUCCUUCGUUCAGAUCGUGGAUUUGUCGCUCUUGGUGAAGCAGGAAAUGACAGCAAAGACGAAUCCAGUCAGUCAUGUGAUCUCUGCCAGCUACAUCCACUACAACACACAUGCUGAGGUGAAGAAGGAUCCAGACUCACCUGAAGCCACCCCUCCCUCCACCCCAGGGUCCUCACACUCGUCAAAGCCCGUCCUACAAGGUAACGGCAGUGUGGAUGGCAGGGCGAGGCAGAGGAAACGUAAAAAGAGCUGUCCGGCUACAGUGGAGCCUCCCAGCGGAGCGAUCCAGCCCUGUCACAUCCGAGAGGCUAUUAGAAGAUACAACUACAGACACACGGUAUGUACACAA